GCGUAUUGGCUCUUAGAUAUCGUAGAUCGUACAGACCCCCAAAACUAUGGUAUGAAUACGAUAAUUAUGGUAUGUCUGGCAACACAGGCUCCCAUUGAGCAAAAGGUCACAGCUGCGCGCUCAUUGGUGAACGUCACACGAGGCAAUAGACAUGAUUGGGGCUCGUCCUUAUUAGUCAAGUCCACAACCUUCCAGUACAGUUUCGGAAAGGAGCAAACACACAAGGUUCAACCAUGGAUCUCGUGCUGAACGUUGCAGACUUUUACGUCCUCACCCCGUACGUGUACCCCACAUCGUGGCCUGAGGACGGGGCUCUGCGGCAGAUCAUCAGCCUGAUGGUGGUGACGAACCUUGGAGCUGCAGUCCUGUAUCUGGGCCUGGGGGCCAUCAGCUACUAUUUCAUCUUUGACCAUGAUCUGAUGAAACACCCACAGUUCUUAGAGAAUCAGGUUCGUAGAGAGAUCCAAUAUGCUCUUACGUCUCUUCCCUGGAUCAGCAUCCCCACGGUAGCUUUGUUUUUUGCUGAAGUCAGAGGCUACAGCAAACUGUACGACAACGUCAAUGAAUUUCCACUGGGUUGGCCUGGUCUUUUCCUGAGUAUGAUCUCCUAUGUGGUUUUCACUGACAUGUGUAUCUACUGCAUCCAUCGCUGUCUACAUCACAAACUUACCUAUAAGCUGUUUCACAAAGCACACCACAUGUGGAAGAUCCCCUCUCCCUUCGCCAGCCAUGCCCUUCAUCCUGUAGAUGCCUUUGUGCAGGGGCUCCCAUACCACAUCUACCCCUUCCUCUUCCCUCUCCACAAAGUGCUCUACUUGCUGGUGUAUGUUUUUGUCAACAUCUGGGCUAUUUCUCUCCAUGAUGGUGACUAUCGUGUUCCCAGGGUCCUGACCACUGUCAUCUGUGGCUCGGCUCACCACGCUGACCACCACCUCUUCUUCAACUAUAAUUAUGGCCAGUAUUUUGCACUGUGGGAUCGUCUGGGAGGCUCCUACAGGCACCCCUCAGGUUUAAUGGGGAAGGGUCCCAAUGAUUUGAUCAGGAAACUUCAAGCAGAGGGAAAGUUAGGAUGUGAGAGAAUGAAAGGUAAAGGGCAAUUGAACGGACACAGUUCGAGAGAAGUCACACACAAGGAGGAGUAACGACUGGUUAAAUAUUAUAAUGUAUACUCGUUAAGUAUUUUUGUAAUGACGCUGAGUGACAGCUGAGUGUGCAGACACUCACACACAGCUGGAAAGAAAAAACUCAUGAGUCCUGUUCUGUUAAUUCAUGCCCACAUUUGUAGCAGUUUUGUUUUUACUAAUUCCAGCAACUCAAGGGUUAGCCUAAUUGUAAAAGACCUCAGGUCAGUUAUGAGAGUCUUCCUAGGAUCUUGGUCCAUCAUAGUCAUGACAUCAUUUCCUUUUUCUCUUCUAUUUGCUGAGUCAGCUGAUUAUGCAUUAAAUUCUUAGUUUAGUUUAAUUUAGUUAUUUUGUUGUUUGUUCUUUAUUAAAACAUGAUUGAUAACAAAUGCUAUUUUAUAUUGGGGUUUUUUCUGUCUUCAUCUCUAUGUUCUUGUUUUACAGCUGUAAAAUACAAUAAAAAGCUAAUUGUGCCAUAUAAAUCAGUAGUCACUGCAGAUUUGCCGAUUGAUUUAUCGGUGUUAUAGUCAGGUUAUGAAAUGAUUGAUGGUCGAUAGUAGGUCGAAAAACAAAGACUUUGUUCACUGCACCUUAACAUUGAUAAAGAUGGUUGAGAUGAGGACACUUGUUCAUUCAGUGAUACUAUACUUAAGCACUAUCACCACAAUUGGUACAAGCUGUAGCGUCACUUCCUGCGAGUGGGCGUGUCUUAAACUGUCAACUAACCGAAGAAAAACUAACACAAGAGCGUAUGUGGUUCUGGAGGCGGGAGGAGGCAUGUGAUCUGAUGGAUUGCUGAGAGCAGGCUUUCCUUUGGUCUCUGC